AUGGCUCCAUCAGCCGUAAAUGGGGAUGCCAUCGUUGCUCUCGAGGGUAUCAAGGCGCCCGAAGGCGUUGUCCUUCCACCCCGCGAGAUCAAAGCGAUACUCGAAAAAACUGCUGGUUAUGUCUCCCGAAACGGAAUUGUAUUUGAAGACAGGAUUCGGGAAAAGGAGAAGCACAAUCCCAAAUUUUCCUUCCUCAGCACCAACGACGCAUACAAUGCCUACUACCUUUGGCGCCUCAGCGAGAUCAAGGAGGGCCGCGGCACAGCUGUUGCCGCUGGCCGCGCGAGCGAGGUGACGGAAGAGGUCGAAAAGCCCAAGGGUCCGCCAGAGCCAGCAGAGUUCCUCUUCUCCGCGCGCAUGCCCAACAUCAGUGCUCAGGAUCUUGAGGUAGUCAAGCUGACGGCUCUCUUCGUCGCGAAGAAUGGCCGACAGUUCAUGACAACUCUCUCACAGCGAGAGACGGGCAACUACCAAUUCGACUUUUUGCGGCCUAAUCAUACGCUGCAUAGCUUCUUUCAGCGGCUCAUCGAUCAGUACACGUGCUUACUCAAGGUCGGCGGCCCGGAUAGCGAGGGCGGCCGGCUACAGCAACAGAGAAUAAGUGACCUCGAGGCUAAUGCGCGCGAUAAGUUUCAUUGUCUGGGUCGGGCCAAGCAGCGGGCAGAGUGGUUCAAAUUUCAGGAUGAGCAAAAGCAGAAAAAGGAAGAAGAGGCGGAGAAGGAAAAAUUGAUGUACGCCCAGAUUGACUGGCACGACUUUGUCGUCGUUGAAACUGUCAUAUUCACUGAAGCAGACGACCAAGCAAAUCUCCCGCCUCCGACUUCGCUCUCCGAACUUCAAUUUGCCUCUCUCGACCAAAAGGCCAUGAUGUCCAUAAAUUCGCACAAUAUGCGGAUCGAAGAAGCCAUGCCCGACGAUUCGGACUACUAUAAUCCCUACGGUCAAACACAGUACAACAUGGUGCCGCCCUCUCCGCAACCCAUGUACCAACCUGAUACUCGAAUGCACAACACGGAUGAGGCUGAUGAAGAGGAACAACGAAUUAAAGAAAGGUCACAGGCUAGUCAACGAGCUCAACAAGCUCUGGCUGAAGCCAAGGGAGUGUCAGCUCCCAUGAGGAUAAAGGAAAAUUACGUGCCUCGCGCUGCUGCCAGGGUCGCCAGUCAGCAAAAUAUCGUGGUCUGUCCCAAUUGCAAGCAACAAAUGCCGGCGAGCGAGCUUGAUGAACACAUUCGAAUUGAACUGCUUGAUUCUCGCUGGAAGGAGCAGAAAGCCAAGGCUGAUAGCCGCUAUUCCACUACCAACCUCUCGACCCAGGACGUCGCCAAUAAUCUCAAGCGUCUCGCUAGUCAGCGCAGUGAUUUAUUCGAUGGUGUCGGCGGACAGCAAAUCUCUGAAGAGGAACUGGCGCGGCGCAAGAAGGCGGCAACAGGGUAUGAUGGCACGCCGGUGGAGAAAGGCGAUCGCCGAAUCGACUUGAUGCAAAACGUCAAUGUUGAGGAACAGAUUCGCGCGAUCCAUCAGAAAUUUGGGGACAAGAAGGUCUAG